GAGCUGUACCGGCCUCAACGCACGCCUCUGGAGACGGGUUCAGUGUACUAAAGCACUGGAUUUCUUGGGGCCUUUGUCCCUUUGGCAUCGCUCCAUACACUACUUGUGUGUUUGCUAUGGCGGCGGGAAUAAGCGAAGGAUGACAACUUGAUAUGACUGAUUUGACACUCUUGGAUGCCCUGCGAGAGGUUCGAGGGAACUCCGGCAUAAUUCACGGUCGCCGGUGAACUUCUUCAAGAAUUUACGAGACCAAGAUAAGCUGCUGCUGUAAGCGUGCGUUCCUCAUCUUCGUGUUCAACUUCCUUACGCUGGCUUGGAAGGUCAACGACAACUGACUGAUGGCUUUCGAGCUGGAGGUAUGUGUGGACUCGGUGGCAUCGGCGCUGACGGCUGCAGAGUCUGGGGCCACACGACUGGAGCUAUGUGCUGGUUUGGCUGUCGGAGGACUCACACCCAGCUUUGGCUUGUUCCAGGCAAUCCGGCAGCGAGUUCCCCUGCCGAUCAUGGUGCUGGUGCGGCCGAGGGCUGGCAACUUCUGCUACACGGUUGAGGAAGUUGAGGCCAUGGUGACAGACAUCACCCUGUUUCGGCAGAACGGCGCACACGGCUUUGUCAUUGGGGCACUCACCAGGGAAGGUGAUGUUGACAUGCCCACCUGCCAGCGGCUGCUUGCUGCUGCUGGUCCGCAAGCGGACACCACCUUCCACAGAGCAUUUGACGUGGCCCGGAAUCCACAGACAGCCUUGGAGCAGGUGAUCGAGCUUGGCUUUCGGCGUCUGCUAACCAGCGGCCAAGCUGCCAGCGUGGAUCACGGCCUGGAGCUGCUCGCUAGACUUGCCGACCAGGCCAAGGGCAGAAUACAGCUGAUGCCAGGCGGAGGUGUCAGCGAGUCCAACCUCGCCCACGUGCUGCACGCUACAGGAGUCCGGACCGUACAUGCAUCCGCAAGCGAGCCCGUCCCCACUGCCGCGGCAUCUGCGCUGUCGUUCGGCGAGCUGCGGGUUUGCAGUGCCGCUCGAGUGCGCUCCCUUCUGGCCAUUGUCUACGCACAGGGCCAUUUGUAGACGAGCCACGCAGUCAUCACGGCGACCAAAGAGUGUGUCUUUCAAGGCUCGUGCAGUGGCCUUUGGUAACACGCACGUGUGAUGCUUUGGGGCGCAAGUAAUCAUUAUCAGAGUUCUCUGGAACUGCAAUCAUUAAGCCAGCAUGGGAUUGUGAGUAGCAUGUAUGGAUUUCUCCUGGAUUGAGGUAAAUGUUGAUUGAGAUUGUAUGGUAAAAUGCCACUAAUUCAGCUUUGCUGGGAUGGGAAGAAAGGUCCAGUUUAUCCAGUGAGUGGAUCAAGAAAUUGCACGGUAAAAGCUUGUUAAUUAUGAUAUGCUGGAAGAGGAAGAAGUGUUUGAAUUCUCCAAAACAAGAGAACAGCAAAUGUUUACCAUGCCAGUACUAUUCCUUAUUUACUGGAGAAUUCUGUCGUCCUCGUUCGUACCUUGCAUGAAAUCUGCCGCAAUUUCCAUCAUCCCAUGCAAAUCGUGGGCACCUUCAACCUGGUAGGAGAGCUUGCGUGAAAUGUGCACAGAAUGUCGAGGGUCUCGUGACUUUCUUCGCAGCACGACACGCGUGCGUCUUGAUCCAUGCAAACUUCUUGUUUACCAAGCUCAUCUGCCAACUGUUUUGUUGCCAUUGGGCUGACCGGCUACUGAUCAUCUGUUGCUGUAUUAAGCAAGCCUUUGGAAGAGGCUGCGUUUCUACCAGAAAGCUCGCCUUCGUGCAUAGUGUUCGUCGCCAGCGUUUGCCGGUAAAUGUUACGGUUACAUAAGCUGCAGUGAAUGUAAUCAAGGCCGCAAUGUGUGCUGCAAUGGCCAUCACUGGCAGCGCGACAGAACCGCUCGGUGGCACUGAUACUAGCAAAAGAAACUGCAUCUCUUCCUUGGCGCUCGACAUCGCCUCCUGCCUGCACAUCCAUUUCAUGCUGCACAGUAGCCACGGCCCAAGUGCAGACCGUGAGGUACCUGUGUUAAUCCAUUGCUGUAUGAAAUGCAUUGCAGCUGUAGUUGCAGCGGCACAUGGGUAAUGUUAAUUAUAUCUGGACGCUGUUUAAAUGGGUAGGGUGGGACAAUCCUAAGUGAACUGAAAAAUAUGGUCGUUAAAACUGAUCGAUCGAUGUAAGUAGGUUCAAAUGUAUUUCAAAUAUGAAUGGGGUCAUUCUUGCUGUUCGAUUUGAGAAAUUGCUAUAUUUGAAAUUGUUGAUUAUUCAUUUCUGUUCAAAGUAAAAUUUACUGGAGUCUCAAGGGAGAUGUUCUUAACGAUUCUGCAGCAGGAGAGCCACGGUUGUUGUGCAGAGGCACCAGUUCCUAAGCAAACGUACGAGGCAGAUAAGUUCUGCUCACUAGUUUUCAGACAUUCAAUAAGAGUGCGUUGCUUUUACGAUUCCUAUCUGCAAAUUUGUUGUCAGUUUAGGCAGAGCAAUGCAUUAUUUGACCAGUUUCGCGAUGAAGUAUCCCACUUCUCGCCGUCGACGAACAUUCCAAAUGUUGCUAUGAGAAACCGUUUCGUUAAAAUCACGUUAUUCAUUAUGAUGAUGUUUGACCACUGCAGUAUGGCUGUUUAUGCAAAAUUAUAUCGCAGCUUGAAUUUCACGGUACAGUAUGACAUCUGCUCUAAAUUAUAUAAGUUACCUAGUAAUAGAGGAGCCAAACAUUUUUGUAGGAAAUACCUACUACCUGGCAGUUUGGGCGCAGAGUACUCGGAAUCUGGCAACCCCUAUAGCAGCAUCAGCCACGUGUGCCACAGCUAACUGCCGACUGCCGGGACGUUUUUAAGCAUGGAAUGCUUUUAGCUCCCGUUGUCGGUGGCCUUCAAGUGACCUUGAGCCAAAAGCCAGAGCCGUUAUUCGGGCACUCAAACGAGAACAUCCGGGCAUCGUUGCGAGAAAAAACUAGAUCCGGGCAACCAUUCAAAAGUCAAGAAAAUGCAGUCUCUGGCCCCCAACCCUUGGUACAGGACCACAUUACAUGCGCUAGUUACUCUCCAAACAAGUUAUAAAAAAUAUUGCUUCCGAAUUCUUCCUGAUGUUUGUCACCAAUAUCACUCAAGCUGUAACUUCUAGUAUGCUGAAGUUUUACUUGCCAUUUCCAAUCGUGACAUUCAAAAGGCAGAUAUAGGGCACCACUCACUUGAUUGUCAUCUUUUGACGUGGAGACAGGGUUGCCUGUGCUCUUUUGAACACCAGCAGUCCGUGAGUUGGCCACACAUUUGCAGCCGACUACUUCGACGCGACAAGAAGAAAAAGUAGCGACAGAUGCUGAGCGCGCUGCUCUAUUGAAAGAAAAAAAGCGUUUGAAGGCGGCAGCACCACAGGCAGCAAAAGACGUCAUAUGGUAGCCAUUUUGUGCUUACAUCUUCUCGAUUACAGAAGAGCCAGCAAUUUUUUUUUCUUGUCCCAUCUGGCUCGGCCGUGCUACUUACCAGGUCAUUGCUCGUCACCUACGACAACUGAAAAGACCACUCUGUUCUGACUGCUGUUUGUGCCAAAUUGUACAGUAGUGUGAAGUGUGUCAGUUUUCAGAGCACAGCACAUGAUGUUCAGCCUGUAUGCACUUAGAAUACUGCUGCCUUGCCGCUUGCAAAGCUUUAUGCUAAGAGAGGGAAGCUGCACCAUUGAGCCUGGUCCCCCAGAAAUGUGGCAACAAUGUCACAUUACGAACUGAGAGUAAGUAGUGACUUGUUCCUGGAGAUACGCACAUUUGUGCUGCGCUAGUGGUGCAACUAAGGCUGUAUUACGAGAUGCAGAAACGUCUCGCCUGGCGGAAAAGCAGACGGUGCACUAAUGCCUUCUGUCAGGCUGAAUGAUGCGACUAGAGCACAAAUGGACUUCACCGAUUGCCAUUUUGGCAGCUUGCUGCUACAAGCACUCGAAUUUUGAUUGUUAUUAGUUGGAAAGGCAGUCAUUAAUGCUCCCUUCGGGUGCUGAAAAAAAGAAAAUGGACCUUAAAAUGGCACAUGCUAAAACUGCUUGGACAAGCAACAGCCGUUUUCCUAUUUGCUGUCGUACAAGGCAAUGAAGUGAUAGUGGUGGUCUAGCUUUGAAAGCAAAAUGAUCCCAACUUGAAGAGACACUGCAUUUGCCUUGGUAGGUAUGCGGGAGGUGGGGCACAAUAACCAGGUUCUGUUCGCUGUUGCUUUGUACAUGCCGCAGUUCACCAUCUGUUUUUAUAUAUUUAUAUGUGUGUCGUACGUGCAUCUUCCACAGCCGACGAGUAUUAAGAGCUCAGAUUGGUUACACGAUGGUUUCAUCGUGUAGCCCGCACAGCUGAGCUCGCAAAUUUCGGCAGAUUGCAGUGGGUGUUCAAAGAAAGUGCUGUCCUUUUAAAAGAGGUUAUUUUUGUGGCCUGGAAACCAUGAGUGCAGGGUUUGGACGUGUGCACGCUAAUUGCACCUUCAAGAGAUGUGUAUUUUGUGUGAUAACCCAGUCAGGUGGGCAGUGUAGUGACACUUUGAGAGUGUGCACUUCGCCUCGCCAAGUGCCAAUUUGCCAGUAUGGUGCUAGACGCCAGAAUGUAGUGUCAUUCGGGAUUGAUGCAAAUGACAGUCUAUGAAGCCAUAGGGCUCGUAUGAUUCUCAGCAUUUAGAGUUAUAUAAACGAUUACUGUUUCAUUAUAAAAAAUAAAAUGCUUAUUUACAAGAACCUUUGAAUGAGAGAUAGAAAUACUAUAACAUAGUCAACACUUAAUUUCCUUUCAAACCAGUACAAGCAAGGAACAUAUCCAAAAUCAAGACAGUCAUAUUGGCGGACUCCAAGUCGGACGAUUUCACAAGUGCCAAAAAUGAAUGUUUGAAGAAUGUUUUGGCUUCACUCAUGUCACGGCGACGUUCGUAACAUUAACAACCAUAAAAAUCUGGUUUCGGAAUCGCUGCUGACUAUGCACUGAGUAUUAUUCUCUUUAUUCUUGAAGCACUGUUAUCGAGGCUACACACUUCAACGCAGCGAAGCAAGUUCGAUGAACGCACCUUCUGGCAAGUGCAUUCUACAGAGAGGGUCGCUAAACCUUUCCAUCUGACAGCUUACGGAUGACACCAAAGGCAGAGUGCACUCACUCUAAGUGACACUAAAUUUGCCCUGUCCGACAGGGUGCAAUUUUCAUUUCAGGCACUUUGCCAUGAGAGUGUGUGUGUGUACCAACCAACUUGACCAAUUACACCUGAGCUGUCGUAUUCAGCAAUAAAGUUCUGCUUCCCUUGUGAUUUCACAA